GGAGGAGAAUUUGAGAAUGGUGAUGGUGGCAGAAUGCAUCCAAAGAUUGUUUACAUGGCACCAAUGAAAGCACUCGUUUCUGAGCGUUAUAUGGAUUGGAGACAAAGAAUGAGUCCUUUGGGUAUAACCUGUGCAGAAGUGACAGGAGACACAGAACAAGAUGAUAUAGCUGUAAUCAAAGACUCCCAGAUUGUGUUGACAACACCAGAGAAGUGGGACUCGCUCACCAGACGUUGGAAAGACCAUGCUACUCUCAUGGAAGAGAUUUCCUUGUUGCUUAUUGAUGAGGUACAUGUAUUAAAUUGUGAAGAUAGAGGUCCCACCCUAGAAGCUGUUGUCUCUAGAAUGAAGACUAUUCGAACAACUAGACCUUCGGACAAUUAUGGCAAUGUUAGAUUUGUAGCAGUAUCAGCAACCAUUCCCAAUGUAUCAGAUGUUGCAGCUUGGCUUUCAGACAGUAAAGGAACUGCAGUAGGUCACAACUAUUACCUCCUGAGUUUUGAGUUGAAUUGA